UUGACCGGGGUAGGGGUAGCCAGGUGGAAAGCAUGGCCAGCCGUAGAAAAAUGCUUAUUGAAAUUCUCAAUUAUAGUGGAUUUAUCGGUGGUGAGUUUCCUAUCCUCAGUGCAGUGCAUAAUAGAAGGGACAUUCCAUGAAAAGUGCCUUUUGAUGUUUUAUGUAGAAAUUGUGCACCAAUAUUGCAUUUUAACAGCAUGUUCUAUUAAAUGAAGUGCCCUUAAUAUAGACCACAUGGAGAAUUCAAUUAAUAUGAAGAAAGGCAUGCUAAAGUGCCAAAAUUGACCAUAAUAAUUUUAGCCCACUUAAUCCCAAAAUAUCUCCAUGUUUCCACCAUCAUUGUAAAAUCCUAGUUAUUUUGUUGCUUUGACGAAGUCAUUUCUGAAGAUUUAUUUCAUCUGAUUUAUUUCACAUAACAGGUCAACCCGGUUAUAUGAACUGAACUCUCAUUUUUAAUAUGGUAAAACUAUUCCCUUUUAAAUCUUUUUCAAAAGAAACACAUGAAUAUCUAAUAGUCAAAUCAUAGAGUGAAAGCAGGUUAGCUGGUUCUACUCUUUUCUUUUUUUUGCCGUUUUGUGGUGGGAAACUGAGCGGGUCGAACAUAACACGUCAACCCUGUUACCCAUAGACAGGCUAAACCAUUUUUUUACAAUUUCAUUUUUGUGAAGCUUGAAAUAAAUUGCUACUCCCUGUUUCACCCAACAAGCUUCCAUUCCCGUCACAAGGGUAUUUAUGGCUGAUUUAAAAAUACAUAUUAAACCCUGUUACAGUCCACUUUGUUACUUUAUUUAGCCCUUAAUAAGCACUUUAGUAAUUUAUUUAACUUCUUUAGAUGAGAAAACAUGUUUUAUGAAGUUGAACAUGUGCUCUUUAUGACAGAUUGUUAAAAUGAGGUGAAAUCAACAAAAUAAUUUGACUAAGUUACACUUCUCAAAUGGCAAUGAAUUUGUGGAAUGACCCAGAAGGUUUUGGCUUGAACACUCUGUACCUCUGACAAUGGCCCUGAGUAAAGUCAACUAGCCAUGUGAUUGGGCCACACUCACAUAAUAUUCUCACACACAUAUAAAACACAGCCCUCUCCCACUUGGACACCAUUCGGCUGGACCUGUGAGCCUAAACAUACAGCAAUGAGCACUCUGUGGCUUCUGUGUUCACUCGCUCUAAUGGCAGGUGGUGUCUCCACUAUGGAGGACUGUUCCUAUCAUCGUCUUCAGGAUCACUUGGGUCUGUCACAGAUAAAUGAAAGUACAACAGGUCUGCGGCCUGUGGUGCACUGGACCAAUUCUACACUAGUUAUGGUAGACAUGAUUCUGUUUGGUAUUAUGGAUUUGAAUGAGAAGUCCUCAACUUUCACCAGCUAUGUCUUAAUCUCAACAGCCUGGGUGAAUUACUUCAUAGCUUGGGAACCAAAGGAAUUUUGUGGAAUUUCAAAAAUGACUGUUCCGAGAGAACGGGUCUGGAUACCAGAUAUAGGUAUCCAAGAAGACAUCUCUGAUACAAGUAGUACCAUAUUGAGCCCAUAUGUCCAGGUGCAUCAUAAUUGGUUAGCUCAAGUGAUUGACCAGCGCCGGCUAACCACUUCCUGCAAGAUGGAUCUUUAUAGGUUCCCCCUUGACACCCAGAGCUGCAGCAUCACCUUUAAGUCCAUGAUACACAGAGCAUCAGAAAUCAAAUUGCGGGCAUUCGCCAGCGACACUGCAGUGAACCACAUAACUAGGGAGAGCAUGACUACACUGGAUGAAUGGGACUUCCUGGGCAUUGCUAUGACUGAGGAAGAACUAAAUUAUGGUGGUGAUGAAAAAUGGCAUCAGCUAAUAUACAAGAUCAACUUACGAAGGAGGCCACUAUUAUAUAUAAUCAACCUUGUGGUACCAAUUGCCUUUUUUCUUGUGUUGGAUUUGGCCUCCUUUUUCGUCAGUGAGGCCAAAGGGGAAAAGCUAGGCUUCAAAGUGACCAUACUCUUGUCCAUCUCUGUCCUAUUGUUGAUUCUCAAUGACAUCCUGCCCUCCACAGCAAAUAACCUUCCAGUGAUAGCUAUUUACUGCAUCGUAAUCUUUGCCCUUACGGGCCUCAGCCUCCUGGAGACCAUGCUAAUGAGCUUCCUGAUUGAUAUGGACAGCAGGGUUUAUCAGGACGUCCAGACCUCCGCUAAGACCUGUGAAGAGACUCAAGAAGAGACUGAAUGCCGAAGAGAGCCUGAGAGAGAUGCUGAGAGCAGCCUGGAGAAGGUGGACACCUUUAACAAGAAGGACCUCGAUGGAAACUGGCUGAACAACCCCUACCUGCUGCAGCUGAUCCUAAAGGAGGUGCAGAACGUACGGCAGGAAUGGUUCUCUGUUAAUGUGAGAUGUGGUAAGGAGAAGCCGGGGUACUGGGAGAAAGUGGCCAGACGCAUUGACCAGGCUUACUUUUGCCUUUAUCUCAUUACCACCAUUAGUUUUCUGAUAUUCAUAAGUUUCAUGUGGCUUCAUUAACUGUGCACAGUGCAUUUACAAUAUAUGAGGAUUUUUAGGCUCUUUGGGUUACUUAUAUGCAUAAUAUUGGUACUUAAUGGUAAAUAAUACUGGUAAAUUCCAAUAAAUUAUUCUUUAUAAAUAGCUGUUUCCCUGCAAGACCUGUAGACUAAAGCUUUUAAUAUAUUUUACAUUAUCUUCAUUACCUAACCUGACUUAGGUUCACUU